GAGCCAGAGCAAAGGUCAGAGGAUCCAUCAGAGACUCAAACCAGAACCAGAACCAGAACCCAGCUGUGUGUCCUUUAAGAGCGACAUGUCAAAGGAUGAUUUCAUUUACUUUAAAUCUCCUGGAUCUCCACCAUCAGAGAGAAUGGACCAGCAGAGCUCAGAGGUUCCCAGUGGUCCGUAUGUCCAUCAGCAUCAAACACAGCUGGACUCCAUAUUUAUGCUGCUGGAGGACAACAUUGUCACGUUUGUGAAAAAUGAGCUGAAGAAAAUUCAAAAGGUUCUGAGUCCUGAUGACACAGAAUGUUCAGAGAGUCAGAGAGAUGAUUAUGAUGUGUUGGAAGGUGAUGAUGAAGAGCAGAGGAUGAUCAGCAAAGAGGCACUGAUGAAGAUCACACUGAACUUCCUGAGGAGGAUGAAGCAGGAGGAGCUGGCUGAACAUCUGCAGAGCAAACAAUUUGCUGCAGUUUGUCAACAUCAACUUAAAUCUGGUCUGAAGAAGAAGUUCCAGUCUGUGUUUGAGGGGAUUGCUAAAGCAGGAAGUCCAACCCUUCUGAACCAGAUCUACACAGAGCUCUACAUCACAGAGGGAGGGACUGGAGAGGUCAAUGAUGAACAUGAGGUCAGACAGAUUGAAACAGCAUCCAGGAAACCACACAGACCAGAAACAACAAUCAGACAAGAAGACAUUUUUAAAGUCCAACCUGGAAGAGACCAACCAAUCAGAACAGUGAUGACAAAGGGAGUGGCUGGCAUUGGGAAAACAGUCCUAACACAGAAGUUCACUCUGGACUGGGCUGAAGACAAAGCCCACCAGAACAUCCAGUUCAUAUUUCCAUUCACCUUCAGAGAACUGAAUCUGCUGAAAGAGAAAAAGUUCAGCUUGGUGGAACUUGUUCAUUUCUUCUUUACUGAAAUCAAAGAAAUCUGCAGCUUUGAACACUUCCAGGUUCUGUUCAUCUUUGAUGGUCUGGAUGAGAGUCGACUUCCUCUGGACUUCCACAACAAGGAGAUCCUGACUGAUGCUACAGAGUCCACCUCAGUGGACGUUCUGCUGACAAACCUCAUCAGGGGGAAACUGCUUCCCUCUGCUCUCCUCUGGAUAACCACACGACCUGCAGCAGCCAAUCAGAUCCCUCCUCAGUGUGUUGGCAUGGUGACAGAGGUCAGGGGUUUCAAUGAUCCACAGAAGGAGGAGUACUUUAGGAAGAGAUUCAGAGAUAAGCAGCAGGCCAGCAGGAUCAUCUCCCACAUGAAGACAUCACGAAGCCUCCACAUCAUGUGCCACAUCCCAGUCUUCUGUUGGAUCACUGCUACAGUUCUGGAGGAUGUGUUGGAGACCAGAGAGGGAGGAGAGCUGCCCAGAACCCUGACGGAGAUGUACAUCCACUUCCUGGUGGUUCAGACCAAAGUGAAGAAGGUCAAGUAUGAUGGAGGAGCUGAAACAGAUUCACACUGGAGUCCAGAGAGCAGGAAGAUGAUUGAGUCUCUGGGAAAACUGGCUUUUGAUCAGCUGCAGAAAGGAAACCUGAUCUUCUAUGAAUCAGACCUGACAGAGUGUGGCAUUGAUGUCAGAGCAGCCUCAGUGUACUCAGGAGUGUUCACACAGAUCUUUAAAGAGGAGAGAGGGCUGUACCAGGACAAGGUGUUCUGCUUCGUCCAUCUGAGUGUUCAGGAGUUUCUGGCUGCUCUUCAUGUUCAUCGGACCUUCAUCAAAUCUGGUGUCUGCCUCAUGGAAGAAACACAAACACCUAAGAAGUUUUUGUUAUUUAAUAAACCUAAACUAAAGGUUCUCCAUCACACAGCGGUUGACCAGGCCUUACUGAGUCCAAAUGGACACCUGGACUUGUUCCUCCGAUUCCUCCUGGGACUUUCACUGCAGACCAAUCAGAGACUCCUACAUGGUCUGCUGACACAGACAGGAAGUAGGUCACAGACCAAUCAGAAAACAGUUCAGUACAUCAAGGAGAAGAUCAAUGAGAAUGUGUCUGCAGAGAAAAGCAUCAAUCUGUUUCACUGUCUGAAUGAACUGAAUGAUCGUUCUCUAGUGGAGGAGAUCCAACAGUCUCUGAGUUCAGGAAGUCUCUCCACAGAUAAACUGUCUCCUGCUCAGUGGUCAGCUCUGGUUUUCAUCUUAGUGUCAUCAGGAAAAGAUCUGGAUGUGUUUGACCUGAAGAAAUACUCUGCUUCAGAGGAGGUUCUUCUGAGGCUGCUGCCAGUGGUUAAAGCCUCCAACAAAGCUCUACUGAGUGGCUGUAACCUCUCAGAGAGAAGCUGUGAAGCUCUGUCCUCAGUUCUCAGCUCCCAGUCCUCCAGUCUCAGAGAACUGGACCUGAGUAACAACAACCUGCAGGAUUCAGGAGUGAAGCUUCUCUCUGCUGGACUGAAGAGUCCAAACUGCAACCUGGAAACUCUCAGACUGAGUGGCUGUAACCUCUCAGAGAGAAGCUGUGAAGCUCUGUCCUCAGUUCUCAGCUCCCAGUCCUCCAGUCUCAGAGAACUGGACCUGAGUAACAACAACCUGCAGGAUUCAGGAGUGAAGUUUCUCUCUGCUGGACUGAAGAGUCCAAACUGCAACCUGGAAACUCUCAGCUUAUCAGGCUGUUUGGUCUCAGAGGAAGGCUGUGCUUCUCUGGCCUCAGCUCUGACCUCCAACCCCUCCCAUCUGAAAGAGUUGGACCUGAGCUACAAUCAUCCAGGAGACUCAGGAGUGAAGCUGCUGUCGGCUGGACUGAAGGAUCCACACUGGAGACUGGAAGCUCUCAGACUGAGUGGCUGUAACCUCUCAGAGAGAAGCUGUGAAGCUCUGUCCUCAGUUCUCAGCUCCCAGUCCUCCAGCCUCAGAGAACUGGACCUGAGUAACAACAACCUGCAGGAUUCAGGAGUGAAGCUUCUCUCUGCUGGACUGAAGAGUCCAAACUGCAACCUGGAAACUCUCAGCUUAUCAGGCUGUUUGGUCUCAGAGGAAGGCUGUGCUUCUCUGGCCUCAGCUCUGACCUCCAACCCCUCCCAUCUGAAAGAGUUGGACCCACACUGGAGACUGGAAGCUCUCAGGGUGGAGCCUGCUGGAGUCCCAUUCUUGACACCAGGUCCAUGGAGAAUGAGGAAGUAUUCCUGUCAACUCACCAUCGACACAAACACAGUGAACAGAGAACUCAAACUGUCUGAAGACAACAGGAAGGUGACACGUGUGGAGGAGCUUCAGUCAUAUCCUGAUCAUCCAGAAAGAUUUGAUUACUGGUAUCAGCUGCUGUGUAGAACUGGUCUGACUGGUCGCUGUUACUGGGAGGUCGAGUGGAGAGGAACAGUUUAUAUAUCAGUGAGUUACAGAAGAAUCAGGAGGAAAGGAUACGGUGGAGACUGUUUGUUUGGAGGGAAUGAUCAUUCCUGGAGGCUGAGAUGCUCUGAUGUUGAUGGUUACUCUGUCUGGCACAAUAACAGAGAAACUCGUCUCUCCUCCUCCUCUGUCUCUAACAGAGUAGCAGUGUAUGUGGACUGUCCUGCUGGCAUUCUGUCCUUCUACAGAGUUUCCUCUGACUCACUGAUCCUCCUCCACACCUUCAACACCUCAUUCACUGAACCUCUGAUUCCUGGAUUCUGGUUCAGUUCUGGUUCCUCAGUGUUUCUGUGCUGAGUUGAGUCUAAAGAGUCUAAAGAGUCUAAAGAUUUUCAUCCUGCUAGAAAAUCUCUCACUGAUUAAAAGAUAGUUCAGUCUCUUCAUGUCUGUUUCAUUCAGAAACAUAUUUUCAUUGACAAUGUACAAAGUCUAUAA